UGAUUCUGCUCUAUCAAUUGGGAAACAGGGAAGUGGAAGGCGAAUGGAAUGAGGGCAGCCGAGCACAAGGAAUGAGGACAGAAGGGUCAGGAAGAAGACCUACAAUCGUCACUCCAUUGAGGAAUGCUUUCGCCAAGGCCACAAGACACGCCCGAAAACCAAACAAGAACUCACCAAUUCUCUCCUCACCCCUAACAACUUGCUCAAAAACAUCAUCAAUUUGCUCCUCGACAGCAUGAUGUCCUCUUCGCUGUCGGAUCAGAAGAGUUCUGCCAAGACCCUCCGGCAGCUCACCAAGCAGUACCCCCCGUUUCGGGACCUUUUUGGCAACGAGGCUGUUUCCAAAUUGCUCGAGCCACUUGAUGUUCCCGGUAACACUUGCCCUGAUCUCGAUCCCCAACUAGAUAUUAUCACCACGGUUUUUAACAUCUUGAUCUCCAACUUGCUCAAAAACAUCAUCGAUUCACUCCUCGACAACAUGAUGUCCUCUUCGCUGUCGGAUCAGAAGAGUUCUGCCAAGACCCUCCGGCAGCUCACCAAGCAGUACCCCCCGUUUCGGGACCUUUUCGGCAACGAGGCUGUUUCCAAAUUGCUCGAGCCACUUGAUGUUCCCGAUAACGCUUGCCUCGAUCUCGAUCUCCAACUAGAUAUAAUCACCACGGUUUUUAACAUCUCGCUGCCCGAUGGGAACAAGAAAGUGGUGGCAGAAAAUCAGCGUGUGAUCCCCUUACUUAUAAAUGCCUUGAGAACCGGUACUAGUCAGACGAAGAGCAAUGCUGCUGCUGCACUUCUCAACCUAUCAAAGCUCAAUUCGAACAGGACCCUCAUCCAUGAAUCCGGUGCUCUUGGGCCUUUGAUUCGUCUGGUAGGACAAGGGAACUCGGAAACCAUGACCGACGUCUGCAAAGCAAUGUACAUGCUCUGCUGGGAAGGUGCCAACACCGAUGCACAAAGAGAAAAAGCUGUCAGCGACGGCGCAGUGAGGGUGAUUUUGAGGAAGGUCAAGGACGGCGCUUUCCUUGAUUUGUUGUUUCCCGUUUUGGCAACGCUUUCUAGCCUUCCGAGUGCUGCAGAGGAAAUGAGAAAGAUGGGUGCUGUGGCUUGCUUGCUCAUUAUCAUGGAGAGGGGUGAUAAAGACAGCAACGCCGUAAAGAGUUGUGCUGCGAUUUUGCGAAAUAUUUGCUCGUACAAUAAGGAUGAACUCAAGGAUGUAAAGCAAGAAGAAGCUGCGAAUGGUACCAUAUCCAGUGUGGCACUGAGGGGGACUCAAAAGGGCCGGAAGAAACGCCACUGGAUUGUGUGACCUAGGUCCCCUUGGUUUCACGUACUUUUCGUCCUCCUAAUUGGUUUUGUAUUAGUUGCCUACCCUGAAAUAUGUUAGAAAAAACUUCUAAG